AUGGCAAAGGAUGAUCAUGUCAUGGUGUUUCUGGCAAAAUGUGUACUUUUAAUUAGUAUCAUUGCAAGUUAUUUUGGUGUUGGAUCCAAAAAAAGAGUGCACGGAUCAAUUUUAACUGGAGCAGAUUUUAUUAAAUAUUUGAUUGAAGGACAUCCUCGUGGAUGCUAUGACCUAUUACGUAUGAAUGUUGGAUGUUUCUUGCAAUUUGCAGAUGAGAUGAAAACAAGAGGUCUAUUAACUGAUUCAAGAAUGGUUAGAGUUGAAGAACAACUGGCUAUAUUUUUAUUUACGUUAGCUCAUAAUGAAAGGAAUAGAGUUGUGCAAAAUCGUUUUCAACAUUCAGGAGAAACAAUUAGUCGUUAUUUUAACAAGUGCUUGAAAGCUUGUCUCCGAUUAGGGAAAUACUAUGUGAAACAGGCAGGAAAAGAUAUCUCGCAUGAAAUAUCCUUUAAUCCAUUUUUUUUAUCCUUGGUUCAAGAUGGAACUCAUAUUCCUGCACUAAUACCCAUGAAAGAACAACCGAGAUAUAGAAAUCGUAAAGGAGUUCUUUCUCAAAAUGUCCUUAUUGUUGUAGAUUUUGAUAUGAAAUUUCAAUACGUGCUUAGUGGUUGGGAAGGCUCUGCUUCGGGUUCUAGAGUGUUAAGAAAUGUUGUUUGGGAAAGAUCACAAAAUAGAUUGAAAAUUCCGAAUGAGAGGACAUUUGCUGUUUUGAAAAAAAGAUUUCCUAUAUUAACGACUGCUCCUCCGUAUUCCAUCAAAAAACAAGGUUGGAUUGUACUAUCAUGUUGCAUACUUCAUAAUUUCAUUCGUAAGUGGAAUUGGCAAGAUUCAUAUUUUGAAGAACACAUGGAAGAGGAAAUAGAAGAUUCUCAUGGUUUGAAUGAUAUUGACUCUGAUUCUGAUUCUGAUGAAGAAGACAUUGGACGAGGACCGACAAAUGCUGAUAAACAAUAUAUGUGCAAUCUGAGAGAUGAAAUAGCUCAACAAAUGUGGAAUGCUAGAGCAAUUAGGUGA